AUGGGUCGCUCGCGAGUGUUAUCGUUGAUGUCGGUUUUCGGCGGCUCCUCUCGCAAAGAUAACCCCAGCCAACACCAUCGGACCGCGUCGGCUUCAGUCACUUUGAAUCACCCCCCGUUUAGGAAUGAUCCCCCGACGCCAGAUACCGCUUCACCUGUUGAUGCGUCGCCGAUUAGUGGGACAUCCAACGCGGAACGACGAAUCUCGUCACGACCCGAUUCGACCUAUUUUUCGCACAAUCCCCCUCUGGUGGAGUUUUCGCAAGACACACCGCCAGAACUUCAGCCUAUUUUCGGCCAUCUCAACAGCCAUGCCAACAAACUAUAUCACGAAGGUUACUUCUUGAAGUUGAAUGACUUGGAUACUCACGGCCGGCCGUGUUCCGACCGACAAUGGGUCGAAUGUUAUGCGCAACUCGUCGGGACUGCUCUCUCUCUUUGGGAUGCUGCAGCGCUGGACGAGGCGGGAGACGAAGGUGACGUUCGCCCAACAUUCAUCAACUUGGCGGAUGCUUCGAUCAAGAUGUCUAGCCCCGAUACUGACUGGCAUUCACUCAUCAAGCUCGAAACACUACCAACUCGAAACCAGGAGGUACAGUCAUUGAAGAACAUACUGAGCAUAUGCUCCGCGGGCCAGAAUCGAUACCUCCUCCACUUCAAUUCUUUCCAUUCUUUGACGCAAUGGACUGCAGCCAUACGCUUGACUUUGUUCGAGCACACCUCCUUGUAUGAGGCGUAUACUGGCUCGAUCAUUGCUGGCAAAGGAAAGAGCCUGAACAAUGUCAAACAUAUCCUCGAGCGCAACCGAUUCAAACAUGAAGACUGGGCUCGUGUGAGAUUUGGCGCGGGAACGCCAUGGAAGCGAUGUUGGUUCGUCAUUACUCCCCCAAAUGAGAAGGAGUUCCAAAAAGCGCAGAAGUCGAUCAAGAAGUCGGCAUACGACCGCGCCCCUCGACUAGUCACAGGCCACAUCAAGUUUUACGAAACGAAGAAAACCAAGAAAGCGACGCCGAUUGCCACAAUCACCGACGCAUACGCUGCUUACGCGAUAUACCCACAGUCGAAGCCGUUGAUUGACCAGUCGACUUUGGUCAAAAUAGAAGGGAGAAUCACAGUCCAUUCACAACCGGAGUCCACCUCCGAAGGGUUCGUCUUCGUCAUGCCUGAAGUCCACCCAGCUGUUUCGGGCUUCGAAAUGAUGCUCCGCUUUCUGAUACCAACCUUUGACACGUUCAACCUCUAUGGAAGGCCGACUCGGCUGCUCGCCGCCACCAAUCACAUUAAAAGUAUCAUGUUCGCAUUUCCUAACCGGCGACGUUAUGGUUACUUGGAUAUCCUAGAUAUCUCCAGUCUCAUGCAGACACCUGGAAGCCAGAAUUGGAGCGAAGCGGAAUGGAGGAGGCAGCUCAAGGAGGCUACUUCACGACGCAUGGCGACAGCUGGAAGCCGGACUAGUAGCGUUUCUGGAAGCAAGCCACGCUUUCGGUCCAGUCUUCCAAGCCGUCAAGGCGGCAAUGUUCGCGCUGGACCCAAUCAGCGCAAUAUGACUCCCCCCGAGAAUCGACCAGGCUACAACCAGUCUACUGAUGCUAUCGUUCGCGCGGGGCCUGAAAGUGAUCCCAUCUCCCCAGUACAUCACGCGCGUGGUGCUUCUGAUUUCGCUGGGCUUGCCUCUCAGGCCCAGGUUCCUGUUUCUCUUAGCGACAGCUCCCCGCCAUCAUCAUCUCACGAGCUUCCGCCAAACGGAGAACGAGCCCGCGAUAGUGACCGUAGCAGUGUGGAGGGUGAGCCAAACCCUCAUGCAGAUCCUGCGGCCGAAGCUGUUGGUCAACAGUUCCGCCCUGUGUCGCCUCCUUCGCCGGUGGCCCAACCGCCUGCUUUCACUCACGGACCGGGAGAGGUUCCCCCUACCCGGCCUAGGCCGUCGUCCGACUUAAGGAAAGUCAACAACAGAAUGUCGGACGCCACUCUUACACAGCUUGUGGCGGCUUCCGGGGGUUUAAGUCGUCUUGGUCCUGAUGUGCCGGCAGAAAACCGAGCGACGACGACAGACUCGAACGAGCCCAGUCCAAUAACCCCAAGCAAUGAAUCUAUCGAGCACUAUGCAGACUGGGUGAACCCGGAGGCAAUUAGGAGCAGCGAUCCACAACCUGCCCCGCCUAUUGGCUCUCGUUCUGGUUCCUUCGGGCCACCACUGGCUAUACCUAAGGCACGUGGUCUGCGCCUGGAUACUACAAAGGCUGUCAAGAGGAAGCCCGUACCUCAGCAGUACGCUGGGGAGCCAGAUUCUUCGAGUAUGACGGGGGAGCCCAGCUUUGAUGAUCUUCGCCACACUGUUAAUGAAGAGGCCCUCAACUGGGUUGGUAGCCGCCAGCUAUCAUUCACAUCGCGAGAGCCUGGGAACCGCCAAGAUGAGGGAAGCAUUUACGACGAUGAGUCAGCUGCAUCCCCUGAUUAUGCUAGUACAAAAGGGUCUGUCUACAGCAAGCGCUCGGUCAAGUCGAUCCCUCGACCUAGGAUGGGAGUCAUGAAGACGGUAGGCACGGUGCCUGACAAGAAGGAUUAUGUCAUUGGCGACGCGCAUUACGCUCUUGAACAGUCGGCAGAGCCCAAUCCCGACAUUCCCACUAUCGACUUUGGCCCGACAAUGACUUUGAUGCCUACCACCGCACGUCCUAGUACCUCGGAGACCUAUAAAAAAAUGGGUCACGAGAGGAGCGAUUCAAAUGUAACAGAAAAACAAGCUCCCCCGCACCACAUGGAGCGCUCGCAUUCUCGGUCACCCAGCAUGAUGUGGCAGCCGGGCAUGGCUGCUCCGCGACCAACCACUCCUGGCCGACUCACACCAGAGCAAUUUGUGCAACAACGGUCAGCUCCCAGCCCGCCUGCUCAUGUCCACCACCGAACUCUAUCUUCAUCAGCAACGGCGAAAUUAGCACCAGCUCUCCCUCGGCCCCUUUCUGGAGAAUGGACGAGCGGAUCCAGGCAACAAACGCACCCGUCUGGCCACAAAGAGGGCCCGGCGCGUCCUCACUCUCGUGGCGCUAGUACUGUCAUGAACUACAACGAACUCUCGUCGCAUUUGUCGGCCCGCGAGCAGGAGCAUAUCUCUCGUAUGACUGGCGCUCCGCUGCUUGAUUUCUCCGGCGGGCACAAGCCUCAAGUGACUCCUGUUAAUCCCAUGGGUCUGGUUGGGGCCAUUGAUGCUCGAGAGCGCGAGAAGAAGAGCAUCCGCGAAGGGGUUUCCAACCAGAUGGUGCAGCACGCCAUCGCACAGCGUCAGCAACACUGGCAACAACAGCAGCAGCAGCCAAUGCCCGCACAGCCCCAGACUCAGCCAUAUAGCCAAGAUAACCACUACAGCGUGUAUAACCUUCCUGCAGCCAGCCGGACCUGGGACGCUCUCAACCAGCCUUACUAUCCAGAAGAGCCGCGGCGCCAGUCGUGGUACGGGCAAUACUUCGCAGCGCAAAAGUCACGGACGCCCCCAGCGCAUCAUCACACUCAAUCUCUCGGCCAGCCGGCUGCUUAUUUCAGUAAUGCCAACGCCAGCCAUUACUAG